AUGCCCAAGAACCCAGUGAGAAGGUUUAGUCCUGAGUAUUUCUACUUUCACUUUACAAACUGCCCUGACCAUGGAGGUCGCAAUGGCUGCUAUCUCUGCUACCAAGUGAAAGGAACACAGAGGCGAUUUCCAUUGGACAUGGGCACCGGGGUUUUUGAAAAAGAGUUCUAUCCCAAGAAGCCCAAGCACACAGAAAUCUGCUUCUUGAACUGGUUCAAGACCCAGCAAGCAUUCUUGGCCCAGAACCUGUCCCACGAGGAGAAAUACCAUGUCACAUGGUACAUGUCCUGGAGCCCCUGCUUCCAAUGUGCGAGGCAUGUGGUCGAGUUCCUCAAGGACCACAAGUAUGUGCAGCUGAGCAUCUUCGUUGCCCGCCUCUACUACCCCAGGAGGCCCCAGUACCAGCAGGGGCUGCGCAGCCUGCAAGGUGCAGGGGCCCAGGUGGCAAUAAUGACUCCAGAUGACUUUGCCUACUGCAGGAAGAUCUUUGUGGAUGACCCCCAUAAACCAUUCCGGUUCACCAUCACUGCACUAAAGGAUGAGUGGAGCACUCGGGGCAUUUGGUUUGAAGCACUUGGAUUCAAUUUCUGUGCUACUGACCCCGUUAUCCACUCAGAGUGA